CUUCAACACUAACCGACUGACGUUACGUUCGCGCUACGGCGCUACAAACAACAUUAGUUUAUAGUUGAUAGCUUAGUUUUAAGACAUAAACAAUGAAUUGUGAACUUUAGUAAUUAAAGAUCGAUCAUUUCGGAAUAUUUUUCUUAUCAAUUUUUUUCUCUGACACAUAUCUUGGUGAGUGACAAUAGUUUUCUAGCGACCGGCGAAUUUUAAGUGUCAGUUCUUUCCCUUGUUCAAGUGAUUUUUCUGUUUUUCAAAAUUCCGGUUGCAAACAGGAGCCUCGAAGUGGUCCGGGAAGGUACCACAAUGGGGCAAAUACCGCAAAAUACCCACACGCUUUUCGUGGAUGCCUUCUUACAAAACAACCGCUUGGACCACGUUAGUCAAGUAAUGGGGUAUCAUAAAACCUACUUGGACCACUUUCUAAAGACUCAAAAUUUCAUCCUAAGGGGUGAUGGACCACUUCCUUAUGAUUAUAGGCACUAUAUAGCAAUUAUGGCUGCUGGAAGGCACCAAUGUAGCUACCUGAUAACGCUACAGAAGCAGGAGUUUCUUUUACAAAGAGGCGAUCCUAAUUGGUUAAAAGGCCUUGAACACAUACCAGCCAAACUUAGAAAUCUCAACGAUAUCAAUAAAAUUCUAGCGCAUAGGCCUUGGUUGUUAAAUAAAUCUCAUAUUGAGAAAUUAACCAAAGGCAAGGACAGUUGGUCGUUGGCAGAAGUAGUUCAUGCCAUAGUGAUACUAGCCCACUUCCAUUCACUUUCAAGCUUCGUCUUUUCCUGCGGGCUCAACCAAGAACUAGACCAACUAGCCUCUGGUUACCAAUAUCACAGUGAUACUACCGUUACAACCAAAACGAAUAGCAAUAAGACCAAACCCAAAGACAUACCGAUCGUAGAUCCGAGCGCAGAACCACCUGAAUGGAAAACCACCUCGACCACUCCACCGUCUCCCACUGAACCUGAAGUAGGAAUCAGCACUUUAAUGCAGCGCAUGAAAACCUUGUCGGAACAGCAGCCGGAGUGUAAGCCUGAAGAAUUAGCCAAAAGAUUCGAAAGUAUAGAAAGUCAAUCUGCGGAAAUAGGGGCUGUGGGUACGCAACCGGAAUCUACUCCGGCAGAUAUUAGUUGUUACGUCGAGGACGCUGGCUUUAUGUACAUAGAUUUUGCCAAGAGAGGCGAUUCACAAGAUAUAACAACCUUUAGAGUACAAGACUAUUCUUGGGAUGACCAUGGGUAUUCCUUAGUAAACAGACUUUACAACGACGUAGGAAACCUGUUGGACGACAAGUUUAGAACAGCAUACAAUCUAACUUACUACACAAUGGGCAGCCGUACUGACGUAGACACUACCAGAUUCCGUAGGGCUAUUUGGUAUUAUAUCCAAUGCCUCUUUGGAAUUAGGCAUGACGACUACGACUACGGAGAGAUCAAUGCUUUAUUAGAAAGAGCCUUAAAAGCUUUCAUCAAAAGCGCUACUUGUUAUCCUGAUAGAGUUACUAAGAAAGAAUAUGAUAGGGUUUUAAGGGAAUUUCACUAUAGUGAAAAGGUCCACGUAAACUUAAUGGUUCUUGAAUCAAGAAUGCAAGCUGAACUGUUAUACGCCCUAAGAACUGUGAAUCGAUACAUGACAAACUAAGGCAAAGGAAACUGGCACGUUUUGAUUUUGGAAGCUUCAACAGCUUCAUUGUUAUUUCUCCACACUAUGUACCUAAACCUUAGGUAAUGGUUUUGAGUUCAAAUACUCUACCUAUUGAGAAAACUGGGGGAAAACGAAAAAGUCUGGAGAAUAUUUCUAGUAAUGCACAAAACUACAAGAAAUCUUGUUUUUUAUUAAUUGUUGUAAGCUAUAGUAUAUUGAGUGUUAUAUCUGUACGGAGACAUUUAAGUUCAUGUGGUAUAUUGUAUGUUUUUCAGUGUUACGGUAUCUAGUUUUUUUUUUAAUUUUUGAACAAUGUGUUAAUAUUUUUUAUAAUUAUCGACUUCUACUGUAUAUUGAAUUAUAUUAUAAAACGGUAGAAAUUAUAUAGACCAGUCUAGGAGUGUCUCUUGUAGGGACUAUUGAGUCAUAU